AUGCUGGCAAACAAGAAAGCGAUUUUUCAAGUGAGGUGGAAUCUGCGCUCUUACAUUCCCAAAGGUGAGUCAGUUUCGAGGUCCCUUUCCGAAAGUGAUAAACAACGCGUUGUAUCGUUUUGCGAUGUCGACGUGAAGAAGAUCAAACGAGCAUGGCUGGAGGAUUAUGACGAAAAAGCACGAGUAGUUCGGUGGAAACUACCCAUUGUUCAUGUGAAGCUGCGUAUUAGCAUCGAAAGAAUGUGGCAAGAUGCCCGUGACAUCUUCGCUCAAAGCAACGGUUCAAGUGUUGACAAUUGGUCUCGACACAGCAUCACUUUCACAUUUACAAUGAUCUUCCUUAUUCUUUUGAUCACACUUCAAGCCGUAUUCGCACAGGAAAGCAACGAUACGAUGAAGCUGUUACUCGUCCAAGCCAUGUGGAGACAUGGAGAUCGCACGCCGACGAAAACAUUCACAAGUGAUCCUUUCCGAGAAGCAAACUGGACCAAAGGUGGUGGUGGAUUCGAGCAAUUGACGCCGGAAGGUAUGUACCAACAAAUGGAGUUAGGUAAAUUGAUUCGAGGAAGAUAUGUUGAUCUACUGAAAUUCCUUCCACCUCAGUAUUCUUCCAGUAAGAUUUAUGUUCGAGCAACAGACACGAAUAGAACUAUAGUAUCUGCUAUGAGCAAUAUGAUUGGAAUGUAUGGCCAAGAAAGCAACAAACAUGAAGCUGGAAAAGAUUUUCCAAAAAAUUUAACUGGCUGGCCCGCUUUCUACGUUCCUAUUGCUAUUCAUACAUUGCAUAAACCGACUGAUUAUGUGGGCCAUCCCGAUGCAGACUGCAAUCGUCGAAAUAAGUUAUGGAAAAUGGUAAUGGAAUCAGAGGAAGUCCAAGAAUACAAGAAUAAUGUCUCAAAACUUUUGGAAGACCUUGAAAAAAAGUGUGGACAGCCAAUCCCACUAGAUGACAUUAGCGUUGUCCGCGAUCCGUUGUAUAUUGAGCAAAUUCACUUCCCAAAAGAGCUGAAAGAAAGAACUCCAUGGUUCAAUGAGGAAUUGUAUAAAAAGAUAGAUGCUAUGUACAGUCGCACGGAAGGCUUCAAAUAUUCACUAUUUGAAAAACCUCUUAUUGUUAAUGGACUUGACGUUGGUCAUGAGCUGAUGAAAGUCCGAGGAGGGCCAUUUUUCAAUGAGAUCGCGGAUCACAUGGACUUGAAACUAGACUGUUGGGAUAGUAAGGAUAAGAAAUGCGCAUGGAUGAAGGAGCUACAAUACUAUGCAUACUCAGUGCACGAUUCUACCGUAUACCAAUUUUUGACAUUACUCGGAAUUGGACGGAAGGUUGUAGUGCCAGGUCUGCUUCCAGAGUAUGCUGCUGCCACAUUCGUGGAAUUAUGGCUGGAUAAAUCCAACAAGCCAUUCUUCAAUGUAUUGUACCAUCCGCACGAAAAGUCUCUUGAUAUUUAUUCUGUAACCAAAGAAAUUGAAGGGUGCAACGGCAAAGAAUACUGUGAUUUAGACGUAUUUAGAAAAAUUGCAUCAAAGUACAAGCCCGAAGUACCAAUGGCUGAGUAUUGCGAGACUGACCCAAAUGACCCAAACAAUGGAUCUGCGCCAAAGGCAGCAUUAUGGGCGAUCUUUGUUCUUGUUUUUUACACGACCCUAUGAGCUAGAAUUUGUCCCAUGGAAACAGAAAUCUAAUCUAUUUACUCAGUUAUUUAUUAUGUAUGUACUGUGGUGUUAUCAGGGCACAUUUUUGCGUUAUCACAUUUACAAUUUUUGAUUUUUAUUGCAAAUUCUGCAGAUUAAGUUCAAAAUGCUCACAUAUAAAGCAUACAUAUCGACGUGUA